AGAUUCAGAUCUCCAACAUGAUCUCUGGGCUCCCGCCCGUUCACCCCAUGCCACACUCUGCCGGUGCGGAGGGGUUCAGUGAUCUGGUCCAUUCUCCUGGGCAAUUCACAGCCCCGUCUUACUCGGCGGCGGAACAACCUACUCCUCCGCCUGCAAAACGACCUCUCAAGAGUGCUCUCAAGGUCCGUAAGUCGGCGCCAGAGUUUAUCGACACCUCGCUGGCCUGGCAUGACGCAGAUGCACGUUUGCCACUUCCCCAUGGAUCCAACGCCUCAUCUUCUUCCUUCAACGCGUCGUCAUCCUCUCUCGAUACGGGUUCGCUGGGAUCGUCUUUUGCUGGCCUCCAUCAGGCAGCCAGUCACUCUCAGCUGUCUCUCCUUCCCGAUCCACACUUUAGUCUGCCCGAUUCCCUGCAAGCUCAGUAUGCACAUCAGCUUCGACUUCUUCAAGAGGAAUACUCUCAAAAGGCAGCUAAAGCAGAGAGACUUCGACAACGUGUGGCGCAACGCCAGAGCGGCAUGAAGGGGAACGUUCACCAGAUCAACACGGUGCUGGCAAAUAUCCAGAUCCACGACAACCCGUCGCACGAGCUCUUGCAUGUCUCCCCGCCUAGCUCUGGUGGCGGCAGUGGUAGUGGACACCGCGUAUCCUUUGAUGAUGGCGUAGAAGUCAUCGGCAUGUCGACUAUGGACCCCUCGGCUUAUCAUGAUGGAUCCG